GCGCAGUGUAGCCGGAAACAGUCUGGAAGCCGAAAUGGCCGGAGCGGAGGGAGACGAUUCUCUUUACCCUAUUGCGGUUUUAAUCGACGAGUUAAGGAAUGAAGACGUUCAGUUACGACUGAACAGCAUCAAAAAGCUGUCAACUAUUGCCUUGGCCCUGGGCGUGGAGAGGACACGCACGGAGCUCAUACCAUUCCUCACUGACACUAUUUAUGAUGAGGAUGAGGUGCUUCUCGCUCUGGCUGAGCAGCUGGGUAACUUUACCGUGCUGGUCGGAGGGCCGGAGUAUGUGCACUGUCUCUUGCCACCUUUGGAGAGUCUGGCCACUGUGGAGGAGACGGUAGUGCGGGACAAAGCUGUGGAGUCUCUGCGGAAAAUCUCACAGGAGCAUUCUCCUGUGGAUCUGGAGGUGCACUUCGAGCCCCUGGUGAAGCGGUUGGCCAGCGGUGACUGGUUUACCUCCCGCACAUCUGCCUGUGGCCUGUUUAGCGUAUGCUAUCCACGCGUUUCCAGCACCGUCAAGGCUGAGAUCCGUCAGCACUUCCGUACCCUUUGCUCAGAUGAAACUCCGAUGGUGCGACGUGCUGCUGCCUCUAAACUGGGCGAGUUUGCCAAAGUGCUGGAGCUAGAUUAUGUCAAAAGUGACAUCAUUCCACUUUUUACAGCACUGGCCUCUGACGAGCAGGACUCUGUGCGACUACUGGCAGUAGAAGCUUGUGUCAGCAUCGCCACGCUGCUGCCCCAGGAGGACCUGGAGACUCUGGUGAUGCCAACCCUGCGCCAGGCAGCUGAGGACAAGUCCUGGAGGGUGCGCUACAUGGUGGCGGACAAGUUCUCAGAGUUGCAAAAAGCAGUUGGCCCAGAGAUCACCAAGAACGAUCUGGUCCCAGCAUUUCAGAACUUGCUGAAAGAUUGUGAGGCAGAGGUGCGGGCUGCAGCAGCAAAUAAAGUCAAAGAGUUCUGUGAAAAUUUGCCAGAAGACAGCAGGGAGACCAUAAUCAUGACCCAUGUUCUGCCUUGUGUCAAGGAGUUGGUGUCCGACACAAAUCAGCAUGUGAAGUCUGCCCUGGCCUCUGUCAUCAUGGGCCUCUCCACCAUCCUGGGCAAGGACAACACUGUGGAGCAUCUGCUCCCCCUCUUCCUGGUCCAGCUGAAGGACGAGUGUCCUGAGGUGCGUCUGAACAUCAUCUCCAACCUGGACUGUGUGAACGAGGUGAUAGGCAUCCGCCAGCUCUCUCAGUCCUUGCUGCCUGCCAUAGUGGAGUUGGCAGAGGAUGCCAAAUGGAGGGUACGCUUGGCCAUCAUUGAGUACAUGCCGUUGCUGGCAGGCCAGCUGGGAGUGGAGUUCUUUGAUGAGAAGUUGAACUCCCUGUGCAUGGCAUGGCUGGUAGACCAUGUUUAUGCAAUCCGGGAGGCGGCCACCUGCAACCUGAUGAAGCUAGUGGAGAAGUUUGGAGCAGAGUGGGCCCAGAACACCAUCGUGCCUAAAGUGCUUGGCAUGUCUAAUGACCCUAACUACUUACACAGGAUGACCACUCUGUUUUGCAUCAAUGCCCUUUCUGAGGCUUGUGGGCAGGAGAUCACCACCAAGCACAUGUUGCCUGUAGUUUUAAAAAUGUCCAACGACCAGGUUGCCAACGUGCGCUUCAAUGUAGCCAAAUGCCUACAGAAAAUCGGACCUGUAAUAGACAGCAACGCCCUGCAGGCAGAGGUGAAACCAGUUUUGGAGAAGUUAGCCACUGACCAAGAUAUGGACGUCAAGUACUUCGCUCAGGAAGCUAUAAGUGUUCUCGCCUUGGCCUGAGCAUCUUCCAUGGGGUUUCCAGAGAACAACCAUGACAAAGCAAGACUUGUUGCAUUUUAUUUAUUGGUGGUUUUGAAUGGUUAUGUAUUAACGUCUGUGUAGCUCCUAUUUACUGUCAGUGAUAUUGAAUGAUCAAAGGGUGCAUCCAUUGUCAUGCUGUAAAUCUUUUGCUUCAAACACAGUGACACUGGAUCUGUUGCAUGCUACUUAGUGUGCACUAGGGCUGUGUUUUCCCAGUCCUGAUCUUUAAGUGUCCCUGCUUGUCAUUUUUGGGUUUUCCCCUUUGUACCCUGUUUUAAACACACUAAAAAAUUCAUAAUUAGCUGUUGAGUUGGGAGCUGGGAAAACACUAAAAUGUGCGUUCUCAGGAUACUUGACGAUGAAGACUGGAAAAUGCAGCACUAGGGACCUGAUUUAUCAGAGCCUUCAGCACAUAUAGGGCUUUAUCUGUAACAUGAUGGAAGACCUGGACAAUGGAAAAUGCCUCAGUUACUGAGUAACGUUCUCAUUUUGUACCAGCAGACCAGCUUUGCAUGUGCUGUCUGCUUUCAUAAAUCAGGCUCCCAAGUUAGCCCCCAUCCUUGGUUUCCAGCUGUUCCGGUGAAAUGUAGAGCCCAGAACGUGACCACUUUAGAGCACCGACGGGCGUUCAUGCCUCUGCAGCUGAUGAUGGGAAAUGCUAGUUUAUUUGUUUUGGUCAGACAGCAAGCUAUCUUCACUCUGUGCUCCUACUGCUACUCAACAUGGGACCAUUGCAAUGUAUCGUUCUUCAGCAACAAUUUUUCUCUUUGCCUCAUUUUCAUGUGUUUCUGCUUGUCUGAUUUCACAUUUAUUUGGUUCUGUUUUGGUGCCCCCUUUUUACAGCCAUCUUUCUCUUAAGAGAAUUUUGUGCCAAUAAUGUCUAGAAAUGAAUAUACGUUUUAAGGU